AUGUCGCCACGAGAUAACACCGCCUGCCUGCCCACACGGCGACGCCCCUCGUUAACGCUUCGGCCGCGCGCCCGGACAACCGCGCAUGUCACCUUUCCGUCCAAAGAGUUGUGUUUCGAGUCGUGGCGGGAGCCCUCCCUGGUGGAGAUUUGCCAUGAACCGGUGGUGGUGGAAGAAAUGGAUGAUUUUCCCGAGGCUGUGCCUCGGCGUCGCGGCACCAAGAGUUUCUCGAGCUUGCGACACCCUAUGGACGGGCUGGUGGCGCUCGGUCGUCGGCUGUCCGUGUCCCUUCGCAACAAGUCCUCGAAGCAGACGUUGUACGCCCCGGAUGAGGACGAGGAUAAUCAGUGCCCCCACUGCCACCGUUCGAGUCAUAAGCGCCACAUUUCCAGCAGCUGGGACUCGAAGGCGUGGAAUGCGUGGUCCAAGGACCACAGCAUCAAUCGCCGCCCCUCGCUCAACAGCGUGUCUGCCCUUCAAAGCUUCUAUGCUCCCACCGCUUCCGUAAAAGGUCCCAUCCCUGGUCAUGGAUUGGAGCCGCCGGUUUUCCCCAAUGACGUCUAUUCCGGGGCGGCGGCGCGCGCUGCCGCCGCUGCGCAGAAUCAAAUGGCCAAGGCGGAGCGGGAGGCCGCGAAGAAAGUCGAUAUCUAUCUGACACAGGACUCGGAGAGCGGCAUCGGAAUCGAUCUCCGUGACCGCUCCGAGCUCUCGGAUGUCGAAUUGGCUCUCUUGCGUCUCGGUAAGGACUCAUACUGGAUUUUAUUCCAAGGCGAUUGCUAA